AUGUUCAAGGUUUUCCGUAGUAGUGGGAUUGAGGGGAGCUAUUCCAUAUCCUCAAAUCCACUUUUUGUUUCUGCUGGGUGCUGGACAAUUUUUCCAGCAAAGCAUCGAACUACAGGCAAAAGAGUGUCAGUGUGGCAAUUUAAUAAGCGAGAAUAUGAGUCAAGAUUAUCCAGAGAGGGCAUCUUGACUAGAAGUAAUCAGGACAUCGUUUUGGGUGAUAUUUAUGCUAGUCUAAAGAGAUAUAUUUCGAACCUCACCAAACUUAAGCAUCCUAACUUUGUUACAGUUAUUGAACCAUUAGAGGAGCACAAGAGCAGGCUAAUGUUUGUUACAGAGUAUGUUGUGAAUGAUCUGGAAACCAUUGAUAAGUCAGAAUUGAACGAGAUCAUAGUUACCAAGGGUCUUCUCCAGGUGGCCAAUGGACUCAAGUUUCUCCAUCAAAGCCUGUCAACUGUGCAUCUUAAUAUCAACCCUUAUUCAAUCCUUGUUACAGAAAACUCAGAUUGGAAAAUUUCUGGAUUGCAGUUUAUGCAGAAGUUAGAAAAUGGGUCGGCUACAGAGAGGUAUAUCGAUCCGUUGGAUUCAAGAAUGCCCUCAUUUCUUAGUAUUGAUUUUAGAUUUUCUUCACCAAACCUCCUUUUGGAACACAACGUGGACUUUAUAGAUGAUCUCUUCUCAUUGGGAUGCCUUAUAUUUUAUCUUUUCAACAAUGGACAGACUGCGAUGCAAUGCGAUAAUUCAAGCUUGUUGGAUUAUGAGCGAUCAUUCAACAGACUUAACCACAGAUUGAACGAAGCGGCAAGCACAAAGAAUUAUUCUCAUCCAUACUUUUCAAAGAUUCCGAAGGAUUAUCUUCAAAUAUUUUUUGACCUCCUCAUCAGAGGUCAAAAAUCUAAUAGUGACGUAAUAGAAUUAACAGAACCGUUCACUAUUGAUAACUUGAUAAACUCUUCCAUAUUCAAUAAUGAUCUUAUUAAGGUGCUUAAUACCGUGGAUACCUUCGAUGCUCUUUCUAGCGAUGAGCGUAUUACGAUUCUUUCGAAGCUUAGAAAUUGUAUAGAUAAGUUCCCAAAGACACUGUUAAUUAACAAAUUCAUUCCUGUUCUUUCUGGUGCAGUGUCACCAUAUGUUAAAGUGAAUAGAAUUAAAAUUCAGAACGAUGAUAAACAAAUUAUUACACUUAGCUUGGAGAAUAUGCUGCUUCUAAGUAAGACGAUUUCUCAGCUCACAUUUUCGGAUAAAGUUUUUCCUGUCGUAAAAACAUGUCUCCAGACUUUAGAUAUAGAUCCGGUGAAGGCUUUAAUAAUUGUGAAUCUCGAUCUUAUAAGAUCGAAACUUGGGAUAACAUUAACAAACAAGAGCUCCGGAUCUAAGCAUUAUCAAGCAUUCAAGGCAUUUCUUCUGGACAUAUUUAACAAAUCUGUUAAGAAUAAUGCCACAAAUGAACCAGCGUCCUUGAAGGUGCAAGAAUGCUUACUUGAAAAUCUGCGCAUUUUUUUGGAGUACCAACCAUAUUCAGUUAUUGCUAAUCAAUUGCUUCCAGCAAUAUGUGAUCUUUUCAGUACUACCACAUCGUUAAAUGUUAAGGUUCUGUCGAUCAAGGCCUUAAUUAUGACUGUGGAAGGUAUCGACGAUAAUUCUUUGGAUAAUUAUACUAUAAUUGAGAAGGUACUUCCUCCGGUCCGCAAAACACAGUCGUCGAAUCUUAAGAAUCAUGAAAUUUUUGCCAACAUAUUAAGACUAUAUAUGAGCAUCUUUAAAAAACUUGCUCUCUCUAAGAAUACGAUAUCUAUUGAAAACCAGGAAUUACCAAUAUAUGAUGUUAUUUUGGAAUCUUUAUUUUUUGAGAUUUGGAAGCUUACGAAGUAUGCUGGUCGGAAAGAUGAUAUGGAUUCAACAUUCUUGGCAUUAGAAACAAUUGAGAAGUUCCUUAAAAAUGCCACAUCUAAUAGAAUUUCCGGCUUGCCUCAACCAAAAAAUGUUUCACACAUUGAUAGAGGAGUCACCGUUCCAUUGAAAAAGAAUGUAUUUGAACGGAAGAAAAGCCUGGCUCAUCAAGAUAUUCCAUCUGUACGAAUCAAAAACACAGACAAUUCUUUGAAAUCAUUUUCAGGGAAGGUGAUGUCCACCAAUAACGCAUUUGGCAGGACAACAUCUUUGACGUCAUCCACAGUUUCUUCCUUGGCAACAAGUAAUGUUUCAAAUAUAAUUUCUGCUCAUGCUCCUUCUUCUCCAUCGUCGUCAUCAAGUCCACAUUCCUUUAUGAUGCCUAUGAAGGCAACGAAAAAGACAGCUUCAGAGGCUUCAAUUCCAGCUGUUGUGAGUAAUGGCUGGACACGAUAUGAACCCAGUAACGAAAGUCGUGCGAAAAAUCAAGAUCUGAAAUCAAUUUUUGAACCUAUAAAGCCAACAAAAAGGCUACGCUAA